GAAACGGAAGAUAUCAUGAGAAAAUUAUUGAACGUGAGAGAGAGUACGUUCGGAGUGAAGGAUCCUGACACUUUGGCUAGCUAUCAUAGCUUGGGGUCUUUCCUCCUUUCUCUUGAUCGCCCGCGCGAGGCCGAAGAAUAUCUACGGAAAGCAGUACAAGGACGAGAGAUGGUACUCGGCACCACUCAUCCCGAAACUCUUUAUAGUCGCAACAUGCUAUCCACAAUACUGAGUCGCUUAGGGAGUCUCGAAGAUUUUGAAAGCCAAAAGAAAGUAGUCACUGACUUGUGCGCAACCCUUGGAAUCGAGCACCCGUUUGCUCUGAUAACAAUGCGGGCAACUGCACAGAGAUGGGAGGAACAGGAGCGUUACCAAGAUUCUAUUGACUUGUAUCACGAGCUUCUCCAAAUCCAGAGUCAGAUACUGGGCCCUGAUCACGAGGACGUGCUUGGAACGAGACAUGCUUUAGCAUACACCCUGCAACAGUCGGGUGACAACGAGGAGGCCAUUCGUCUUUACCGGGAACUAAUACCUAUCCAGAAGCAGGUGAUUGGGCUCGAAAACUCGAAUACUCUCAUCACUAUGGGCAAUCUAGGCUACACUUUGCAGGCAGAGAAACGCUACGAUGAAUCCAUUGCGAUCCGGACGGAAGUAGUCAAAAUACAGGAAGAGAUCCUCAAGCCGGACGACCCGGACCUCUGCUCAUCGAUUGAGGGCCUAGCGGAUGUUUUAAAAGAGGCAGAGCAUUGCCAGGAAUCUGCAGAUCUUUACCGGCGACUCUGGAAAAUACAAGAAUCUUCUUUGGGGCCUGAACAUGAAGACACUUUGGCUACAAUGGAGAACCUCGGCUGUGUUCUGUACAACGGUCAGCGCUUCGAAGAAGAAAUCACUGUCGAAAAAAAGCUUCUUGAGAUCCGUACGCGAACACUUGGUGAGAAUAACGAGGCCACAUUACAUACGCUCAACAACCUCAGUUCCGGACUGGAAUAUCUGGAAAAGUACGAUGAGGCCUUGACUCACCUCCAGAAAGGGCUUCCGGUUGCUAAAGAGGUCUUGGGUGUAGACCACGUCAUUACACUUGCAAUGACCAACCACAUGGCACUAGUCGAGCAGGACUUGAAGCACUACGAUAAUGCCGAGCGCCUUCACCGGCGGGUGUUGGAGAAACUUGGCGAAGAAAAAAUUCUCACAGACCCGUGGGUUGUCAAGUGCUCCUGGCAUUUGGCCGAGGAAUUGUUCCUCGGGAAGAAAUUUGAAGAAGCGGCCAGCUAUUUUCAGAAAUUGGUCAACGCAUUGCAGACCCUCAAAGGUCCAACAGACCCAGAAACACAAGCUGCAGAAAUCAAGCACUGGCUGGCGGACACACUCUGCAGGCAGCAGAAGUACCCGGAGGCAGAAGAGCUAUUUCGGCAGUUAAUACAAAAACAAGAGAAGGUCCUAGGCAAAGAGCAUAAAGACACACUUAAUAGCAAAUACCGGCUGGGAGAAGCACUAUACAAGCAAUACAAAUAUCCCGAGGCAGAAGAGAUAUGCCGGCAAGUAUUCCAGGACUCAGAGCUGGUGCUGGGUAAGGAAGAUAAGUUGACGGUCUACUCU